AUGUCUACAUUCAAAAAAAGUCAGAUUGUUGGCAUCAUUGGCCCUGCUGGAUUUGGAGGCUCAUACCUUUGUGUUGAGCUCAUCCGUAGGGGACACUCGGUCAUUGGACUCUCACGCAACCCUGAGUCCUUUGGUACAUGCCCUGGUUAUACGCCUAGAAAGUUAGACCUUGAGGCAGCUAGUAUUGGCGACCUUGCAAACUAUUUCCGCGACAUAGAGGUGCUAGUGAGCCAAUACGGGCCUCACACGCAAGGAGCAGAUGCACUUCGCUACAUGCCGUACGUGGAGGUUGUAAGGAAACUGAUUCUCGCUGUUAAACUCGCAAACAUCAAAUACUUUGUGUUUGUGGGAGGUGCCGGCAGCCUUGUGGUUCCUGGAACGCACGAGUCUUUAUCAGACCACCCGAACUUCUUCUACGCCUAUCGCCGACAAAUGGCAGAAAGCGAUUCUCAUGUGCGGUAUAUGGAGGAGCGUCUUGGUCCAAUCGGGGACGCCUUGCGUUCAUACCGGAAUGCUCGUCUCGCCGAAAGGUCCGGCCAAGCCACCGCAGCUGACUUGGAGCUGAUACGAACGUAUGAAGAUAAUAUCCGGAAGAAUGAUCGAGCGUCUGAAUAUAUCAAGGCUGGGAGAGCUAGCCUCUUGUUCUUCGAGGGGAACACUUCCUUCUCGUGGACGUUUGUUUCGCCCAGCCCUCUAUACCGACCGGGGCCGCGCACUGGAACCUAUGAAAUUGCCAUUGACUACGUCCCACUAAAAGGUGUCCAAGAAGGGGAAGACAUCUUGGAUGGUCGUUUGACCGGCAUAUCGGCCGCAGACUUGGCAGUGGCUAUUGUGGACGAAAUUGAGUCUCCGAAACUUAGGCACAAGCACUGGACUGCCUCUGCCGACCUUUCUGACGACACAGUGUAUCCUAGCUAUGUAACUGCUAAAGACAUUUGA